AUCCAGUCGCGUUCUAGUUGGUUACAGCGAAGAGCUGAUGGGUGCGGUCUGAAACCACCUGCCGCCGCAAUUUGGCUUGGUGUGCAGCGUGUUAGCGGUGGUGAAUGACGUCCCCUUCAUGUUCAGUGUUCGUGGGCGUUGUUGUCCUGGUUGGCUAAAAUCGAGGUCGUGUUCUGAUAUUGAGCCUUACGAUGAUGACUUCGAAUAGUUGAGCGGACGACAAUGCUAGGUAGGUAGAGAGGAGCUCAGCUGCUCAGGCUCAAUUCGUUGUGGGACCUUGUGUGGGUGUGUGUGUGUGUGUGGGCCAGUAGGAGAUUGGUAGUUUUAUCAUCGCUAUGAGUGGGUCUCUGCUACAGAAAUUGGUCGGCUAAGCAUUUGGGGACUGCUCAUUUACUGGGAAAUAAUCGACGUUCGCUCUUUUUUGUACUAGAUGUGGGUUGAGUGAGGUAAGGGAGGAUUGGCGCUGUGGAGGUUUCUUCUGCCGCCCUGCUGUUUGUCGAUCUCCUUCUGCAACUACAGAUUGGCUCGGAGGUCGAAUCUAUGUCUUCUGCGAAUAGUCGAGUGACUCUAUAAGCCUAGCUUCGGGAACUGCUGAGCCACUUGCGGGUGAAGCUAAUGCAGGCCAGCUUGAGAUUGGAUUCGGGCCAACCUCGUACCAGCUCGUAUGUUAGAAGCUCUUGGGGAUGGUUGCAUUGUGGAUGCUGCAGAGGAUUCCUAUUGAGGAGUUGAUUUAUGCAGUUGAUGCUAAACAUUAGGCUCGUGUAUUGAUUCUGAUUGUGCUCGGGUAAAUCAAAGUUUCAGCUCUGGGGUGGACAAAUUUGUUUAGGUGCGAUUCUGGAGGAUCGGCGUUGGGUUCCCAAGCUGAGUGGGUCGAUGCUGCGCUAGAAGAAUGCAAUGCAGGGGGGAUUCAGUGGUUGGGCGUGUAGGAUCUAGUUGCACCAAGUCGAGAAUGGAGAUGGAUUGCCUCGUAGAAUACGUGCCUUGUGAAGCACGUGAGCAUAGUGGUUUGCGGCAAAAUGGUCGAUUCUCUAGAUUCUUGGUUCGUGGAAUGGUCUCUGCCAUUAUGUGCAUCUCUGUGAUAACCUCUCUGGCUGAACCGGCCAUGGCUGCCAAUUACGCACCUGAGGCACGCACUAUGGGAAUAAAUUAUGGGCGACUUGCGGACAAUAUUCCUAGUGGCGCCGAAACUGUGAAGUUGAUUAAGAACUUAGGAAUGGGAAGGGUGAGAAUUUUUGAUUUCGAUGGGCCAACAAUCAAAGCAUUUGCUGGCUCCGGGCUCGAACUAACAAUUGGAAUGGGAAACUUGGACAUCGCCGCCCUUGGCCAGGAUGCAAGCACAGCCGACCAAUGGAUCGCCAAUAACGUCGUCCCAUAUUACCCCGCCACCAACAUCACGUGCAUCACAGUUGGAAACGAGCUCUUCACGUAUCCAGAACAAGCAGCAAUCUGGCCGCAGCUCGUGCCGGCCAUCAAAAACCUCCACAAUAGCCUCCAGACCCGCGGGCUCACACGGAUCAAGGUCUCCACGGCUGUGGAAUACAGCGUCCUGGCGAACUCCUUUCCUCCAUCAAAGGGCGUCUUUCGGGAAGAACUCGCAGUGUCAGUCAUGAAGCCCUUGAUGGAGCAGCUGGACGCUACCAGCAGCUAUCUCUACCUCAACGUCUACCCAUACUUCGGAUAUGCCAGCAACACGGUUGAUAUCCCGCUCGACUACGCCUUAUUUACCCGCAGCUCGGUCUUCACCGUGGACGGCCAAUACGAGUACACGAACCUUUUGGACGCGCAGCUAGACGCCAUGGCCGCAGCGAUGGAGGGCGUGGGCUACGGGGACGUACGCAUUGUGGUGAGCGAGACUGGGUGGCCGACCUUGGGCGAUGCUAACACGGUCGGCGCCAAUAUCUCGAAUGCGCAGACGUAUAACAACAAUCUGGUGAAGUGGGCGAUUAGCAAUCCCACUAAGGGAACUCCCCGCAGACCAGGGAUAUUCGUCCCGACUUACAUCUUCGCCGUUUACAAUGAGAAGGACAAGCCCGGGCCGACCACAGAACGCAACUGGGGGUUGUUGUAUCCCACUGGCAGUCCCGUGUACCCGCUGGUGCUUAGCAGCAGCGGUGGCGGUGGCGGGGGUGGGUCGUCUCCUGGAGGAGGCUAUGACUCGCAGCCUAAGCUUUGUAACGGCAAACCGAGUGUGCUCUCCACGUCGGCUUCCUUCUUUGGGAUUCUUUUUAAUCUCAGAAUCUAACACAAGCUAAUAGUCUCUAUACUUAGGAUAGCAUAGCUCCAUUUCUUGUUGAAUCAAUAAAGGAAUUACUCGUGCAUGCAUCAAGUUCACAUGA